CGUCCAGCCCAUUCCCACCUUUCUUGAGUGGAUAAACAAAAACAAGGCAAAGCAAAGCAAAGCAAAGCGAAAUCAAAUCCCGAAGAGAUGGCAAGUGCAAUCCACUGCUUAUCUUCUUCUUGUUUGAACAUUCAGUCGAAAUUCAAAACCCUUUCACUAAACAACAACUCUUCUAGUCAUCACUCAAACUUGGCCCCUUUCACCUCUCUCAGCUUCUCCUCCAACCUCUCUCCCAAUCUCUUCUCCAAAGGGUCUUUGACAAUGAGCACAAUCCAGAGGCCAAUUCAUCAUUCAGUUGUCUGCGAGGCAGCUCCAACGAAGAAAGCUGAUUCAGCUGCAAAAAGAGCCCGUCAAGCUGAGAAAAGGCGCAUUUACAACAAAUCUAAGAAAUCCGAAGUCAGAACCCGCAUGAAGAAGGUAUCAUUGUUGCAAAGUUAUGUUUGAGAUGGAUGCUGUUUG